UGCCUCCACGCACUACUCGACGAAGCUUCAGUCGCUUUCGCGAGCCCUUACAGUGUCGAUAGGUCCUUUCGUCGUUCUCCAGCCCUUGAAAGCACGUGAUUUCGCCAGUCACAUUCUGCUUUGGCGAAGGAUGAAAAAUCGUUGAAAUAAAACCAAGGAUUUUAAAACGGAUGGAACCAAGGUUUUAACGACAGCGACGAAAAAGUGUUCAAAUUUCAACGUCCUUGCAGCAGCCAAAAAAAUAUGCAGACUGGUUUCGACUGGCAAAUUUAAAGAAGAGAGGAUGAAAGAAAAAAAAAUGGGGAUCGGACUUCUGGUACUGUGCCUGAUGCUGGGAGGUUCCUAUUCCUUUUGUCCAAAAGAUUGCAAAUGCUUUGACACCCCGAAGAAGACAGUCAAAUGCACAAAGGGAGGGAUGACAGGUCCCAUCCCGGUCAAAGAAAUUGACACCCAGACCGAGUUUCUGACGAUAACCGCACCGGAAGAAAAUGAAAACAGCAUGACCAUAGGGCCGAUAUUCCAAGAGUUCCAGCAUCUUUUAAAGCUGGAAAUUACACAUUCCAACCUGCCCGCAAUCGGGAAGCACACGUUCUGGGGCGUCAAGAAACUACAACGCUUGACCCUGACAAAUAAUAACAUCUCACAGGUGUUGGAUUACAAUUUCCGUGGGCUUGCCAACUUGAUCGAGCUGAACCUUGACCACAACAGGAUUGAAUCAAUGGGUUCUGGAACCUUCUGUCAUCUCCCUGAGCUGAAGAAAUUAACUCUUUCUAACAACCAUCUAAAAGAAUUAUCUCCUAGAUUGUUUCUCAAACUUGGUAAACUCAGUUUUCUGGAUUUGAGCUACAACAAUCUAGGCCAUCUCGAUCCAGGCGUAUUCAAAGACGUCCAGGAUCUAGUUGUGCUACAUUGCCGAGGAUGUGCUCUUCGUACCAUCAACCCUCAGAUCUACAGCAUACUUUCAUCACUCGAAGAUCUUGACAUUGGAGACAACGAGUUCAAAUACUUAGACCCUUAUAUAUUCCGUGACCUGAAAAAGCUCAGGACACUCCUAAUGGACGGCAAUCAUUUUCCGGUCGUACUCGAGCCGACGUUCGCAUCCCAGGGGAAACUGGAAACUCUGAACCUGGCUAGGAACAGAAUUGCCAAAGUGACGACGCACGCUUUUGACAAUCUUACAUCACUGCGAGAACUCGACUUGAGCUACAACAAGCUCGAUAAACUGGAACCGACUACUUUCGUUCCUCUUGCCGACAACCUUGUUAAAAUUGCAGUCAGCGGCAAUAAUAUCGAUAUUUCCGAAUUUAAGUAUGUUCUUCAGGUGAUACGACAUGUGCAAGACUUGUACAUCGCUGAUUUAGGCUUCACAAUACACGAUUUGCCACUAGGCCUUUUCGCACCCCUGGAAGAAUUAAAAUUUGUGAAUAUGUCUGGAAAUGAACUGACGCACUUGCCCGUUCAUUUAUUUUCCCCAGUUUCAAAUCUUAUUUCUCUUGACAUAUCGAGAAAUAAAUUUCACGGCCUGGACGAAAGGUUAAUAGUGAAAUUGGAGAGUGUAGUUGUUUAUUUGGACGAGAACCCUUGGGCUUGCGAUCUUUGCCACAUCACGGCCAUGCUCAGCAGGAUCAACGAAAGCCAAUGGAUUAAAAAAGCAGUUUGUUCCUUGCCUUACAAUCUCAAAGGAAGGACGCUGGAUAGUCUCACGAUGAAUUCUCUCAGCUGGUGUGGGAGUGGACUUGGCUACAGAGAUGAAGGAUUCGCCGGAUUGGCCCUUACCCACAACACACAGCUGGGGCUGAUCGCCGCGGGGGCUGCCGUCGCUCUUUUGGUAAUAACGAUGGCUGCAGUCGUCACCGGCCUGCUUUACAACAGGCAUCACGCCGCCUUUUAUUACACAAACGAAGAAAAGAGAAAAGCCGAACAGCAGAAAAUAUACGCAGAGCCUGAGAAAAAAGUCUCGAUAGCGACAAUCGACGAAAUCACCAAGGAUCCGGAACUGCAGGUCUUGGCUUCCUGAGAUUCGGCCACUGUCCUCGGCCACAUCACCCUUGAACCUGGGUGUUCAGGCCUGGACAAAAAUUGCUGUCAAAAUUGGGUCGUUCUCUAGUCGACAACCCUGUGAAACAUAUCGUGAAACCCAAAAACGAAAAACUGUUUAUAAACAUGAACAGAAAUACAGUAUAUCUGGAGUAUGUUUUUUAUAAAUAAUAUUAGAAUAAAAAACAGUGUUUCUAAAAUUACAUAUACACCACACAGUGGCUAAAAUUUUUUAUUAGCAUUGAAAAUGCUCGUCGUUCGUUGAGAACAAACUUGCUAAUAUAACAAAAUACAGGGGCUGAACGUAAGUUUUCAAUCUUUAUGUAUGUGUGAAGGAUGUGUGAGAAUGUUAAAGUAUUUGAAUAAAACCAUGAAUUGUAAAUAAAUUAAAUCCUUUAUAAAAAUAUUUUGUAUCUUGAGCUAGUUUAAUACAAA